AUGUACUCGCUCGACCAGGACAGACCCCAUCCGAUGCCCCCUCCACCGCUGUCGUACGAGCAGGUCGGUCCGCCUCCGCCGCAGCAGCCUCCUGCUUCGGUGUAUCCGCCUCCGAAUCGCGCCCAUAUGCCCCCCGCCGCCGUGCCUGCUCGUCUCCCGCCGCCGCCCGUCUCCACCAUCUGGCAUGGCCGUGUCUACAUCCUCGAGGUCCUGCAGCAGCCCGUCCGCGCCCGGAUGUGUGGUUUCGGCGACAAGGAUCGUCGUCCCAUCACGCCGCCACCGUGUGUUCGCCUAAGGGUCUUGGAUGCGCAGUCUCGCAAAGAGAUCGAUGUCACAGAGAUUGACACCUCCUUCUUCGUCCUGACCGUCGACCUCUGGAAUGCCGAUGGCGACCGUGAGGUCAACCUGGUGCGACACUCCGCGACCUCUCCAUCGAUCUCAACCGCCAGUGCCUCGUCCUUCCCGCCCCCACCGCAGCUACCCCAAUACCCUUCCUAUGGCCAUCCGUCUUCGAUGUACGGCCAGCCCGCCGGGUACCCGCAGUACUACCCCGCCCAAGCACCAUACGCCCAGCCAGGCAUGCCCUAUCAGCCGGCUCCGGCCCAGCCGUAUUAUUCCAUGACCCCGAGUUACUAUUCUCAGGGCUCGGCGCCGAUGGCCGCUCAAUCCGUGAUGCCCGCAGCCAUGGCCGCGGCCCAGCCAACCGGCAUGUUCACGCGGAAUUUGAUUGGCAGCCUCAGCGCCAGUGCCUUUAAGUUGACGGAUCCAGAGAACAAGCUUGGGAUUUGGUUUAUCUUGCAGGACUUGAGCGUCCGGACUGAAGGUGCUUUUAGACUGAAGAUGAAUUUCGUCAAUGUUGGCACGGAUCCGUCGGAUUCUGCCAGUGAAUCAGGUCCCGUUCUGAGCCAUGGAUCCGCACCCGUCCUCGCAAGCGUCUUCUCGGAUGUGUUCCACGUUUUCUCCGCAAAGAAAUUCCCCGGUGUCAUCGAGAGCACUCCGCUGAGCAAGUGUUUCGCCAUCCAAGGGAUCAAAAUUCCCAUUCGUAAAGACGGAGUCAAGGGCGCAAGAGGUGCCGCUGCUGCCCUUGCAGCUGCAAAGGAGCGUGAUGGCGAAGGUGAGGAAUGGGAGGAGUAG